GAGAGAAGUAAAAUCCUUCUUCUUCGUUCAAACACUACAUGCAUGCUCCAGCAAAAACAAUGGCAGCGACCGCCGUUAACAGAGAUGAAUCUGACUACGACAGCAGCUCCUCCUCCAUAACGGUACCCGACUCCAGCUGUAGUUUCAUGAGCAACCUCAGUUUCGGUAGUCGCCGUAGUUCCAUCUCUCUUUGCUCCUCAACCGCCGAAAACUCUCUUUGCUCCUCCAGAAAGCCGCACAAGGCCAACCAAGCCGCGUGGGAAGCCAUGAAAAUCCUCAGAAGAGCGCAAGGUCGAGUCGGUCUAGACCAUUUCAGGCUCCUGCGCCGGCUCGGCAGCGGUGACUUGGGGAAUGUUUAUCUUUGCCAGUUAAGGAACCCUGUGGUGGGGCUGCCGCAGUGCUUUUACGCCAUGAAAGUAGUGGAUAAAGAAGCACUCGCCGUAAGGAAUAAGUUACACAGAGCUGACAUGGAGAAGGCGAUUUUAACCAUGCUCGAUCAUCCUUUUGUUCCAACUCUUUACGCAGAGUUUGAGGCCUCUCAUUACUCUUGCUUAGUCAUGGAGUACUGUCCCGGCGGAGACUUGUACGCCGCUCGCCAACGACAACCGGGGAAGAGCUUCAACAUUUCAUCGGCCAAGUUUUAUGCGGCUGAGACUCUCUUGGCUCUAGAGUAUUUACACAUGAUGGGCAUAGUUUACAGAGACUUAAAGCCAGAAAAUGUGCUGGUUAGACAAGAUGGGCACGUCAUGCUUUCGGAUUUCGAUCUGUCUCUCAAAUGCGAGGUCGUGCCGAAGCUCCUGAAGCCAAAGUUCAGCCUGGAAGCCAUUGACAAGUAUGAAAAACACUGCAAAAUUCCAUCUUGUGCCUCACCAAUGCAGCCAGUGCUAUCUUGUUUCUCAGCGUCAACCAGGAAGAAGAAAGUUACAAUCACGACAAUCACAGAACAAGUCGAAGGCACUCAAGAAGACAGUUUGGAACUAGUAGCUGAACCCAUCAACGCUCGGUCAAAAUCCUUCGUGGGGACUCAUGAAUACUUAGCGCCAGAGGUGAUCUCCGGGCAGGGCCAUGGCAGCGCCGUGGACUGGUGGACCUUCGGGGUGUUCUUGUACGAGAUGAUCUUCGGGACAACACCUUUCAAAGGCGAAAACAACGAGAAAACACUCAUAAACAUUCUUAAAAAGCCAUUAACGUUCCCAAGAAUUGGCGUUAGUUGCAGUAAAGAAUUCGAAGAAAUGGUCAAAGUACAAAAUCUUAUAAGCGGGCUUCUGGUGAAGAAUCCCAAGAAGAGAAUUGGAAGCUUAAAGGGUUCUGCAGAAAUCAAGAGGCAUGAGUUCUUCAAGGGUGUUAAUUGGGCAUUAAUCAGAUCGAUUAAACCUCCAGAGGUUCCUAAUGACCACCAUCUUUGCAAGAUUAGAAACACUUUACCAAAGUUAAGCAAGAGAGAGAGAGAUGCACCUUAUCAGAUACCCCAUCAUUUUGACUACUUCUAACUGGAAAAUGUAAAUAAAAUAUUAAAUGAAAGUUUGUUUAUUAUUAUUA